AUGGCCAAUCUUACAAAAUUAGAGUUCACUGCCCUUCAAAGUUUGGGCAGGAACUACCUCUCAUGGGUGUUGGAUGCUGAAAUCCACCUUGAUGCAAUGGGUCUUGGAGACACCAUAAAAGAAGAAAAUAAGGCAUCAAAUCAAAACAUUGCACGAGCAAUGAUAUUCUUGCGUCAUCAUCUUGACGAGAUUCUGAAAAUUGAAUAUCUGACAGUUAAGGAUCCACUUGUUUUGUGGAAAAACCUAAAAGAAAGAUUUGACCACUUGAAGAUGGUCAUACAUCCAAAGGCACGAUAUGAUUGGAUGCAUCUAAGGCUACAAGACUUUAAGUCUAUACAUGAGUACAAUUCUGCCAUGUUCAGAAUCACUUCUCAAUUGAAAUUAUGUGGAGAAACGCAACAAUAUCGAGAGAAAGGUUUCAAAAAGUAUUCUGGACUAAUUUCUCAUCUUUUUGUGGCCGAACAAAAUAAUGAUUUAUUAUUGAAAAAUCAUGAGAAUCGACCUACUGGAUCUGAAUCACUUCCUGAAGUGAAUGAGGCGUACGCCCACCAUGCUAGGCGUGGAAAAGGUUGCGGUCCUAAUCGUGGUCGUGGACGUGGACGUGAUCGUGAUCGUAAUUAUGGUCAAGAACGUAAUUCUAUUCCUGGCAUUAAUCAUUCAUCAAAUAAAAAGGAAAAAAGAAAGGAUGAGAAACGUGAAGCAACUAGGGAAGGUUGUUUUCGAUGUGGUGGAAGAGGUCAUUAUGCACGUGAUUGUCGUACUCCCAAACACUUGGUUGAGAUUUAA